UGCAAGCUGCCUUGAUGGAACUAAUUCCUUCACAUGUAUCUGUGGAUUAGGAUAUACAGGGCCUACGUGUGGUGAUCAGAUUCUACCGUGUGACUCUGAUCCCUGCCUCAAUGGAGCAUCUUGUGUGGAUAAAGUCAAUCAGUUUACAUGCAUGUGUGCUCCAGGAUAUACAGGCUCGGUUUGCGAGACCGAAAUCAACUAUUGUGAUCCAAGACCAUGCAAGAACAACGCAACCUGCAAGAGUAGCCAAGGCCAUUUUGAGUGCUUUUGCCCGUUUGGAUUUGAUGGUGAAACCUGCUCAAAGGAAAUAGAUUACUGUGUUGAUACUCCUUGUCAAAACAGUGCAUCCUGUGUAAUGUCUGAGCUCUCCGCAGCUGGUUACAAAUGUAUUUGUGCAGAGGGAUAUAAAGGAGUGAACUGUUCUAUUAACAUUGAUGAUUGUAAGAGCAGUCCUUGCUUAAACGACGGUAGUUGCAAUGAUAGCGUCAACAGUUUCACCUGUUCCUGUGCAUCUGGAUUCAGAGGUCCGACAUGUGAUGAAGACAUUGACAUGUGUGCAAAUUUCACCUGCCAAAAUGGUGGCACUUGUGAAGACCUGGGAGACAGAGCAGUCUGUGCAUGUCAUGUAACCUAUGCUGGACAGUUCUGUGAUGAAGUCAGGACAGCAUGCAGUGACUCUUCCUGCAUAAAUGGAGGCACAUGUACAGCUGUUGAUGAUACCACCUUGGCCUUCGACUGCACCUGUACCGAGGGAUACAUUGGACAGACCUGUGAGACAGAGGUCAACUUCUGUCAGCCAGAUCCUUGUAGGAAUGGAGCUACUUGUGAGGAUCAACCUAUAACUUACAUCUGCCACUGUCCUGAUGGAUUCACAGGGGAAACCUGUGCUGAGGAGAUAAGAUGGUGUGAUGACAUUCCAUGUGGACUGAACUCAACCUGCAUAGAAGAACCUCUUUCCUUCACUUGCCUGUGCGAUGUAGGUUACUCUGGAGAGAGAUGUGAAGAGGUGUUGACUGUCUGUGAUGCCCAAGACCCUUGUCUCAAUGGAGCUACAUGUAGCGGAGACUCUCUUACAUUUCAAUGCCAGUGCUCACCAGCAUAUCAAGGGUUGUUAUGCGAGCAUGAGAUCAACCCUUGUGCUUUUUCACCCUGUCUAAAUGGAGGUUCCUGUGUGAAGGAUCUAGUGUCCUAUCGGUGUAACUGUGCUGCAGGAUUUGAAGGAAUACACUGCGGAGGCGAUCAGGAUGAAUGUGCAAGCGAGCCAUGUGAGCAUGGAACAUGCAUUGAUGGAAUCAACUCUUUCUCCUGUGACUGUGAAGCUGGAUACACAGGCCAUACAUGCAGUGAAGACAAGUUUUGUGAUGCCAACCCAUGUCAGAACGGGGGAUCUUGUGAAAACCUAAACACAAAAUAUCGUUGCUCGUGUGCUCCAGGAUUUCGGGGAAGAACUUGCAGCAGGCAAAUAGACUACUGUCGUCGAAAUCCAUGCACAAGUGGAAAUACUGUAGGCUGUGAGAAUGUAAUCGGUAGUUACACAUGUGUGUGCAAGGAUGGAUUCACUGGAUUAGAAUGUGAGUCUGAGAUCAACGAAUGUGAGAUGUCACCAUCCCCAUGUAAGAAUGAUGGAAGGUGUAUCAACCAAUGGGGAACAUUCACCUGCCAGUGUCAAGUAGGCUUCACCGGUAACCUGUGUGAUAUAAACAUUGAUGACUGUGUGAGUCAUGGCUGUGAAAGUGGGGCGUCCUGUGUCGAUGGAAUCAAUAGCUACAGCUGUCUUUGUACUGAAGGAAGAUAUGGGUUAUGGUGCCAGCUGAAGUUAACACCAUGUGAUAACAACCCCUGCUACAAUGGUGGUGUGUGCACUGUUAAUAGAGAUGGUUUCCUCUGUGAAUGUCUGUCUGGUUUUACAGGACCUUCCUGUGAAGUCGACAUUGAUGACUGUGUCAAUCAUCGCUGUGCUAGUGGCUCGACAUGUGAAGACCAGUGGGAUAGCUACAGCUGUAUAUGUCCACAAGGUAUAACUGGAGACCUUUGUGAUCAGGAAAUAGAUGACUGCCUUUGUGAUCCUUGUCAGCAUGGAGCAACGUGUAUUGAUGGAAGAUCAAGUAUUACAUGUACCUGCACAAGUGGAUUCAUGGGAAAGUUUUGUGAGGUCGACAUUAUGGAAUGCUCCUCAGACCCUUGUGUCAACUUUGGUACAUGCAUAGAAGGAACUGAUCGGUUUGAUUGCCAAUGUGCAGAAGGUUAUCGGGGCACAACGUGUAAAGAAUUUGUUAGCUCGUGCGUGUCCAACCCAUGCAAGUAUAAUGGCACCUGCACAGAUGGCUUCAUGCAGUACAUGUGUACAUGUGCUGCAGGUUAUACAGGAGACACAUGUGAGACAGUUAUUCCAGACAAUUAUGAUCUUAGACUCAAUGAUCAGAUGGCAUCCAUUAGUUUUUCUGCUUCUGUGGUCGAUGGGUCUCCAAAUCUGACAUUAUCAUUCUGGGUGAAAGUGCAGAUGGCAUAUCCGAAUAAACAACUUUUGGACAUGCGGAUUGGUAACUUCAAGUUCAGUGUCCAAAAUCCUUGCGGUCUUGCAUUUAUACAAACCGGUGAAAAUUCGUCAUCCAGUACGUUGUCUGUAUGCGAUGAUGGCUGGCAUCACAUGCUGCUGGUAUUCCGUGAUUCUGGAAGGUGGUCUGCUGCGGUUGAUGGCUCCCAUGUUAUGAGUCAAGAUGAUGACUCCCGCCAGUAUAAUUUGUCAGGAACAAUGCAUCUCUAUUUUGGAACUGAUGAGCUGGAACAGGGAGAUUCUAUUUACAUGACUGGCAUCAACGUUUGGAAUGGAUAUGUUUCAGAUGAUGUGUUGUCUAGAGUCACAUCAGAGUGCUUGCCACAACUAUAUGGGAACAUUAUUUCAUGGACAGACUUUGACUCCCACCAAGCUUUUCCUACAACCUCCUCUACUCCCUCAAUGUGUGAUGAUACUGACGAAUGUGAAAGCCUGACCCCCUGCCAAAAUGGAGGUACUUGCAUGGACAAACUUCGCUCCUAUACCUGCCUGUGUCUUGAAGAUUAUGAAGGAAUAAACUGCGAAAAGUUUAUCGACCUGUGCAACAAUGAGAGCUGUGAGAAUGGAGGAUCCUGUGCAACCAUGAAUAGAACAACUCACUGUUCAUGUCCUGAUAGAUUCUUUGGAGAGUUUUGUGAGCUGGAAAUCAUCAAUGGUGGUUGGAGUAAUUGGUUGCCGUGGAGUCCAUGCAGUGUACCGUGUGAAGGUGGAACUCGAAAUACUUCAAGGGAAUGUACCAACCCACCACCUAAUGAUUAUGGACAACCUUGUCAUGGAGAAAAUACAAAACAAGAACCAUGUAAUAUUCAGGAUUGUCCAGGUUGCAUUCGUCUGCAGGCUCCCGAGAAUGCCACACUUAAUUGUUGGAGUGAAGGUGAAACUAAAAAGUGCACAGUCAGUUGUAAUUCACCUGAUAUGAGCUUUCUUCGCCCUGUGGAAUCGGAGUAUUCCUGUAGCCCUGAAUCAGAUUACAAAUGGAAUCAUGAAAAUGAGUACAACCGCAGAGCAAGUUUGCCUGCUUGCAAGGAGACAAUGUCUCCCGAUGCUGUGGAGGCAAAAGGCACAUUCGCUUAUCCAGGUGCUAACUGUGAUUCAGAUGAAGAUCAAGAAAAUCUAAUGGAGUCCUUCAAAUCUACUUAUUCGGCCAACAGUAAUGGCAUUGGCUGCAAGAAAUGUGCUCUCUCAAAUGUACAGGUCAAUAAUUGUGGUUCAUCAAGGAAAAAACGAGCAUCGGAAGACCUACCAAUCACCAUCUCAUUCACUGUCAAUAUCAAUGACACAGACAGCAAUACUACGGUGGCAGAAUCGUUUGAUGCAUUAGACACCGGUUUUGAGAACCUUUUGGAAAACGGAUCCUUUUCAUUGAUGGUAAAUGGUGAGCUCAUUAGCGUUGACCUGAAUCAAAGUACUGGAGAUGUCAGUAUUACUUGCCCACAAGGAUCCGGUUUGUCUGAUAAUGCAAAUUGUGUUACCUGCUCUGUUGGAAAUUUCGCCUACAUUGUGCCCAAUACCACUGCUGUCCUGUGUAUACCCUGCCUGCUACAUACAUACCAAGAUCAAGAAGGACAAGCAGAAUGCACUCCAUGUCCUGCAGGCUUAAUAACAAAUGAUCCUGGAGCUGAUGAUAUCAGUUACUGCAUAGAACCAUGUCCACUUGGUCAUUACCAAGAUGUUUGGUCAGAUCCUAGUAACACUACAUGUAUUCAGUGCCCUCUCGAUACUUACCAAAACGAAACUGGACAAGAAAGCUGUUUCCCUUGUCCCACUGGAUACAUAACUCUGGAACCAGGUGCAACAAAUGCUUCUGACUGUGUUGCGGUGUGUAAUGCAGGGCAUUACGUGGAUCUGUCAAACAAGACCAAUCCACAAUGCCCACCGUGUCUACUCAACACAUUCUUAGAUCUUGAUGUGCACCAAGAACAAGAAUGUAUUCCAUGUGCUCCAGGAAUGAUUACCAUCCAGAAUGGAUCUUCACAAAGUACUGACUGUCUUGUGUCAUGCAUGCCAGGGAGCUAUCUGGAAAGUUCAUCAUGUACUCCAUGUCCUCUAAACACCUAUCAAGACCAGACCAAUCAUCGUGAGGAAUCCUGCAUCCUAUGUCCUAGCAACCUGAUUACUCUUAAUGAAAGUUCAGACAGUCUUGCAAACUGUACAGAUCCACAGGAACGAGGUAGUCCAUUUAUUACAGGCCGGAACAACUUAGUCACAAUUGUUGUGAUUGUUGUUGUUGUCAUCUUAGUCCUCUUGGUCAUUUCUCUUGCAGUUGCUUCUUACUACAAAAAGAAAAAUAAUAGAUACACCAAAAGGUCUUCGUCUAUUACCCCUACACCACAUCUUCCCAUGUAUGAAAUUGAAGAUUCUAGGGAGAGUUCCAACCCCCAUGUAGGCAUUGGUCAGGACAAUGUAUAUACUGAACAACAUGGCUUCAUGUCUAGCUCUUGUGAUCAAGUUGAUAACGAAUCAGCGCCCUACUGUCAGACCCCAGUUGAGAAUUUCAGAACAAACUUUGAGGUUGACGAAUAAACAAUUAAUGUCAUCAUGAUAGUCAGAAUUUUCAACAAUUAUGUGAAACAAUAUAUCUAUUGAUCACAAAACUUAGGUAACUAAGCAAACUGUGGCACCAAAAUAUGCGUCCAGAGAGCAAAAGACAUACUAGUUAGUGAUGUUUGUUAAUUCUAUUUUUUUUAAAUAUCUGAUUGUAUACAGUAUAGCCACAUCCAGAUGGUUUCUGCAGUUACCAGCUGCAUAUUCUUAAAAUGGGGUCCUACGUCUGUGUGAAAAAACUACGAUUUCCAACAGUUAUGCAUUUUGUGCUCUGGAUGCAUCUUUUCAUGCCACUACAUUUGGCUAACCUACCAUAGAUAACUCGAACAUAAAGUUACCAUAAAAAUUCAACACACAUACAUAUGUAUGCAUCUACUGCUGUAUGUAUGUGUAUAGUGGGAUGCUAUUACAAUUGUAUUGGCGUGUGUGCUUGUGUGAGUGUGUGUGUGAGAGAGAGAGAGAGUCAUUGUGUUUAUUAAGGAAUAUUUUGUAACAAAUCUACAACAUUUAUAUAGCUUACAGAUAUGAGAUGGCCACAAUGAUUUUGACUUCACAAACAAGAAUAUAUGAGAUAUUUUUGUGAGGCCUAGAGUCACGACAGUCUUAUUAGGGAACUAAGAGAAUUUCAAUACAAAUUACUUUGUGGGGCGAUGUACACAAAGGAGUAUUUAUUUAAGAUUGGUUUUGUUGGUGAUGACAAGUGUUCUCUCUGUGAACAAAGUGCAGAAAUAUAUUCGCAUUUGUUUUGGAACUGUGACAUCCAAAUAUAAGUAGAUUCCUGUUGAUGUGCAGGGCUGCAUACAAAUCAUAUUUUGUACAAUCGAGCAUACAAUACCAACAUAGGAGUUGCUAUGUCAGACGAGCUGUAUCAUGACCAGGAAAAGAAAGUUAAUGUGAAGGGAUUGUAUGAAAGAAUGCAAUUCUUUUGUGAGCAUGGAUGUGCUGAGCUGGGAGAAAUUACAUACAACUGUCUCUUGUGAGCCCACUAAUGAUUGACAGAUGAUGUCACAAGAUUAAUCAGAUCUAGAGCAUUUUUUUAGGGUGGAGCUUAGCAGGUCUGAGAAAAUUAUUUUUAGAAAUAUCAAAAAAUGAAUGAAAUAUAUUUAGAUGUUUGAAUAACAAAAUAUCAGUUGUAUGAAGCCCUGCACAUCAACAGGAAUCAACUUAUAUUUGGAUGUCACCCGACCUUUAUGUACAGUUUUGAUGUCAUGAUACUAUCAAGAUGUAAGAAUUAGUGGAACUUAGAAAUGCAGAUUGGUAGGAUAUCCAUGUCGGAAUUUUAGGAAACUCCCAAAUAGUUAGAUGCUUUAAGACCAGUUAUUUUCUUGAUUAAAAAAAUGAUUUAUCGGGCUAGAGCAAACUUAAUAAUACCUCUGCCAGUUGAAGUACAUAAUAUAUAGGGAUGAAAAAAAGGAGAUAGCAACACAAGGUCUUAAACUAAGUUUACAUUUGCAGAAGUGGGCAGAAGUGGUAGAAAUAUUAAAACUGACUGGAGUUUUUUUCUUCCAGUGAGCAGGAUGUGCGUGUGUUUAUAUUUAAUGUUUUCUUUAAUUUCAUGUUAUAUUGUUCCAUUCCUUGAUUAUUUGUUUAUUAUUAGUAUCCCUAUGUUUCCAUUCACCGUUAUAGAAUGGAUUGUUUGUUUUGUUUUUUCUCUAUGGAAUUGUUUAAUGAGAUAUAAACAAACUGUAUUAAGAACAAAACAGAAAUAUACUUAGGGUGUUUUUUUUUCUGGGGGUGGGGGGGGGGGAGGUAUUUUAUGUUAUAUUGUUUCCAUUCUGUCAUUAUUUGUCAUAUCAUUGAAACGUAUGAGCUUGUUUUUUAUAUUUUCUAUAAA